AUGGAGAGCAUGAGGGGCAUCUUGUACAAGACGAGCCUCCAAGAAGCUCGAGAGCGGCAGCUGGCUGGGCAAAAGAGGACCUGGUCGAUGAGCAUUGGUGAUGAGAACGGAAAAGAGCCGUCUUCUGCAUCUGGAUCUGGAUCUGCCUUUACUGCGACUACAGCUGCUCCCGCGUCAGCUUCUUCCCAAGGCUCGGUCCGGUUUCAAAGCGCUCUCCAUUUCCUUCCACCGGCCACCAGACUUUCUGCAAGCAAAAUCAUCGCAUUUAAUGCACCAGAAGGCCCUUCCGAGUAUACCCAGAGGCGUAUUUUUGCUGCUACGCCAUCUUCUACCAUAGACCCCGAGCUCGAUCUUGCCUAUCCUGUAUAUAAUCUACCGCCUCGGCUCGUUAAUAAUUUUGCUUCCCUUGGAAUUAGGCAAAUCUAUCCAUGGCAGAAAAACUGCCUCAAAGGACCAGGCUUGCUUACAGGUGCUAAAAAUCUGGUUUAUUGUGCUCCCACCGGCGGUGGCAAGUCUCUUGUUGCUGAUUUACUCAUGCUCAAGAGGAUAACGGAAGAGCCCGAGACCAAAGCCCUCCUUAUUCUCCCAUAUGUUGCCCUUGUACAAGAAAAGGUUCGCUGGCUACGGAGCGUCGUUCAGGGACUUACCGCAAACCUAGAUCCCGAAGCGCUGGAGAAGCAAAGAGCCAAUAGUAUAUGGCGACUUCGUCCAGACCAUGAUUCUAUCAAGGUCAUCGGCUUCUUUGGUGGCGGCAAAAUUCGAUCGACUUGGCAGGAUUUCGAUAUCGGCAUAUGUACCCUGGAAAAGGCCAACAUGCUCAUCAAUACCGCCAUUGAAGACUCUUCCAUAUCCCAAUUGCGAGCUGUAGUUCUCGACGAGCUUCACAUGAUUGAUGAUGACCAUCAACAGCCCAUUCAGAUCAUUGGCAUGAGCGCUACUCUUCCUAAUGCAAGCCUGGUUGCCAAAUGGCUUAAUGCACAUUCUUACGAAACUAGGUAUAGGCCGAUACCAAUCGAAGAACACCUAGUCUGCGAAGGAAAAGUCUACCACAUCGGUACCAACGGUGCUGCGGCCCAAAGACAGGUGAAAGUCGAGGAGAUAUCAAAAGCUCAGAUAGAUCCUACGCGACAAAUCGAAGAAUCCAGCCAUAAGGAAUUUCGCGAUCCCGUCCUCAACGCCGUGGUAUCCUUGGCACAUGAGACAGCCCUGAUGGGUUAUGGCGCUUUAGUAUUCGCUGGUAGCCGAGGCAUUUGCGAGUCGGAUGCUCGCCUGAUCAGCAGAGUAAUGCCCCAACCGCACGAAGUGGAUAGCAAGACUAUGGACAAAAGGAUGGAUCUGUUGAGUGAGCUACGAAGUCUCAGUACAGGAGCCGAUCCUGUAUUGGAGGAAACCGUCUUGUCCGGCGUUGCAUUUCAUCAUGCGGGCUUAACGAGUGAGGAGAGAGAUCUCAUUGCCGAAGCGUAUGAUGCUGGCACACUGCUAAUAUGCGUCGCCACCUGCAGUCUGGCAGCUGGUAUCAAUCUUCCUGCUCGAAGGGUGAUCCUUCAUAAUGCAAGGAUGGGGCGUGAAUUCGUCGGCCCCUCUAUGCUACGACAGAUGAGAGGUCGUGCCGGAAGGCAGGGCAAAUCGCCCGUUGGAGAGACAUAUCUCUGCUGUCGCCAAGACGACCUAGAGCAAGUCUUAGAUCUCAUGUAUGCGGAUAUCCCAGAGAUUGCUAGUUGUCUCAACACCGAAAACAAGCGGGUUCAACGGGCCAUUUUGGAAGUCAUUUCCGUUCGCUUAGCAAACAGUCAUGAGUCUCUCCUCGAAUAUUUUUCCAAUUCUCUAAUAAGCUAUACUCACGAUCGAGAGUUUGUAGAAAAAUGCCUAACCUCAGGGCUGGAAGAGAUCCACGAUUUAGGGCUAAUUGUUCAUGAUUCUUCCUCGAGUUUUGCAGCGACGCAAUUGGGCAAAGCCAUCGUUGCCUCUUCUGUUGAUCCCUACGAUGGAGUCUUUAUACAUGCCGAACUAACUAAGACGCUCAAGGCCUUUGUCAUGGAUGGCGAAAUGCACAUUCUCUAUGUCUUUACUCCGGUUCAAGAUUUCGGCAUCAUAGUCAACUGGCAAGUGUUUCGCAACGAGAUGGACGCGUUAGACGAGAGUGGGCUUCGAGUCCUUGGCUUUCUGGGUAUCAAGCCGACGGCCGUUCUCAAGCUUGCUCAGGGAGUUCCACUUAAGGAGAAUACACCCGAAGAAAGGGAGUUGGCCCGUAUAUACCGUCGUUUCUAUCUGGCACUGCAAUUGCGAGAUUUAUGCAAUGAGAUGCCGAUACAUGUGGUUGCGCGAAAGUACGACUCACCUCGAGGUUCUGUGCAGACACUUGCGCAGACAUGCCAGGGCUUCGCGGCAGGCAUGAUUAAGUUUUGCGAGCACAUGGGAUGGGGCAUCAUGGCUGCUGCGCUGGAACACUUUUCGGACAGGCUGAUGGCCGGUGCAAGGACGGACCUACUGGAACUCGCCAAGAUUCCAUUCAUCAAGAGCCGCACGGCUCGAGUCUUUUGGGAGAACGGAUAUCGAACCGUCGGUGCUAUAGCAAACGCCGAUCCAAAGGAAUUGGUUCUGAUUCUGAUGCAAGCCCAGCCGAAUAAACUGCGUAUCAAGGGGAAGAUUGACGAGAAAUAUGAAGAAAAGCUACUCGCCAAAGCAAAUGUGAUAUCAGCUUCGGCGAAUCGGCUAUGGCAAGUUCAAUUGCAGGCUGAAAUGGCUGAAGAAUAA